AUGUCAGAUGGAACUUUGGUAGCAUUCGUCAAGGAAAUUGUCCCUCCACAAAACUCACAACGAGUUAAAGAUCCAAUCGUCCAAACUAUAGCAGCCAAUCCGCCCCUGUCUCAUGAUGUGCACAUUCAACCACCGGCAGGACAGAACCAGCCUACUGUCCCGGGCGCCAUCGACGAAGCAACAGAUGUGUCAGCGUGGUUCGAAGGCGCCACGUCAAAGGAGGAAUCGGACAAGGCUCUCGCGAUAAUGUCUUCGAAGAAAGGUUUGUUAGAAUUGAGUAACGGGGAUGUGAUCCACAACGGAAGGAUCUUAAGAGGAGGGGGUGCACAAAUGAAACAGUCAUUAGCGCCUUUAUCACCAGGUCUAACUAUAAUUCUAAAAGGACUUACUUCAUACAUCCAAUUGACUGUCUUCGAUGAAGAAUGGCUGGUAGCGGAUCAAAAGGCGUGGUCUUCAAGAACUACCAAAUCAGAUAAGAAGGAGUCAGGUGAAGCACGGAUUUAUGGAGGAGAAGCCCCAGUCGAAGAAUUAACUAUCGAUUACGAAGUGUGGGGAGAUUGUAUGGAACUUUUUUGUACUCACCUGGUAGCUUGCGGUUGGAGGCCCGUAGCAACAAAGUUUGAAGGUCACAUAGCAGUAGUGAAGAAGCUUCGUAAAGAUUUUGGUUGGAUGGUAGCGUUAAGGUACUGCAAGUUAGUUAGGCAAGGUGUAAUGAGGGAAACGGUUGACAAAUCGGUUGGGAACUAUGCCGAACUUCAAGAGAUCUUGUUAGCCGAGGCGAAGACGACCGCGGAAAGCUACAACAAACGUCAUUACAAGACAAAUCCUUAUGCGUCCGGGAAGCCAAAAGAAAAUAUCUGUCCAAUCACGAAUAAGCCGAAGAACUCGUCAGGAUCAAAUCAAACAACUUACCAUGCGAAAGAGAAUAGACAUGCAUCCUCAAGUGGCUACAAAGGUAACGGAAGAGGUAAAGGUGGAGGAUAUAAAGGACGAUUUGACGAUGGAAGGAAAAGAGAAGAUUGCUAUGGAGACCGGUAUGCUAGCCAUCGUGAUAAAAGCAGAAGCCCUGACCGAAGGGAUAGAAAUGGAAAACCUGUGAACGGGAAAAGAGCGUUAAGCCCAAAGGUGUCAAGUGGAGAGGUACCGUCAGAAAGAAGAGGCAGAUAUUGGCCAGAAACUCCCUCGUGUGAAAUGAACCUAUCAGUGUGGAAACAAGAGCUUCGAAGAUAUGGAAUAGAAGUAAAGUAUGAGCAUAUCCUAAAGGGAUAG